GUUGCGGGGCGCUCUGGCAGCGGAGCCCCGGCAGUCUCCUUGGGGCCGUCCCUGGGCCUGGUGCGCUCCGGGCCAAGAUGGGCGGCGGGACCAGCACCCGGCGGGUCACCUUCGAGGCGGAUGAGAAUGAGAACAUCACGGUGGUCAAGGGCGUGCGGCUCUCUGACAGUGUCAUUGAUCGGAUGAAGGAGCCCUCUUCACCCAGUGGGAGGCGCCUACACAGAUCUGGAGCAGUUAGUGAUGAAGAACUCAAGAAAAGAAUAGCUGAAGAACUGGCAUUAGAAAGAGCCAGGAGAGACUCUGAAGCCCACAAGAGAAGGCUGAAACAAGAACAGAUGUAUGUACGGGAUGAGUUUGGCAAACUUCUGGAAAGGGAGAGGAUUUCAUCAAAUGAACAUUUGACUCGAGUCAUCCUGCGGGAGAGAGCGGCCAUGGAAGAGGAGCGGCAGAAGGCUCAGCGCUUUGCCAAGCAGCUGGAAGCAAAGGACAGAGAACUGAAGAAGCAUGAUGCUUACUACAAAGAGCAACUGGCACGACUGGAGGAGAGGAGUGCCCAGUUCUACAAAGUCACCACGGAGCAAUACCAAAAAGCUGCUGAUGAAGUGUCAUCUCGGUUCAAGCGCUAUGAGUCUCACCCCAUCUGCACUGAUCUGCAGGACAAAAUUCUACAAUGUUAUCGCCAGCACCCUCAGGAGACCCUCAGCUGCUCUGCCCUGGCCAGCCAGUACCUGCAUUGUGUCAACCAUGCCAAACAGCAGAGCAUGCUUGGGAGAGGAGGAUAAAGGCAUUGUCCAAAUCAAGCACAAGACCAUCAACUCUAAUUUCAGCAGAAGAGCAUUUUUUUCCCAAGAAUGAUACGACAGCCCAUUUACAGGGCAGACCAAUAAAGAGAAGAACUGGAAGAGCCAUUUCAAGAGCAGCAGCCAUCACAGCUCAAUCAGUGUGGCCAUUUGGAAAGCCAAGACCCGUAUCUUAUUCCAUCAGAAACCGUACAUGUUCAGUCUUAGUAAAACCCACUUAUGGGUGAUUGAAGGAAGGAAAAGAAAAGAACCUUUCACUGACCUUAGAAAAGGGAAAUCUCCUUCAAAUGCUGCUAUUUCUUUGUAGAAACUUCUCACUGUCAAAGGGAAUGGGGUAUGUAACACUUGGUGUGCUGGGACGUGGUGGUACUUUGUGGGCAGGUCAGCUGCUGCUCCUGACUGUACAGCCUGGCUUCAUUGCUGGCAGGAAAGUUUUCCCUAGGAUGUCUAAUGAUGUAAAUUGAGCUUUAAUUUAUUCCACAAAUUAUGUCACUUCAUGAAGUCUCUCCCCAGGCCUUCUGCUGGAAUGAUGUUAAUGAUCUCUAACACUUCAGAUGUAACAUGGCCUUUAUUUACAUGAAACUAUUCUGUUGUGCUCCUCACUCCUAUCAAGUCCUGAUGAAUAUGCCAACAAUAAAUACAUUUUAUGCACAAGACUGA